AGAUCGAAUUCGGAUUCGGUUGGCGGGCGCGGCCAUCUUGGUGAAUUAGUGACCUGGCGAUUCGGUUUUAGUUAGUGAAAAAUCAUUUGUCAUCCACAAUGUCGGAAAGGGAAGAUAAUGUGUAUAAAGCUAAGUUAGCCGAGCAGGCUGAGCGCUAUGACGAAAUGGUGGAGGCGAUGAAAAACGUGGCCUCGCGCAACGUCUCCGACAAUGAACUAACAGUGGAGGAGAGGAACUUGCUCUCCGUCGCCUACAAAAAUGUGAUAGGUGCACGCCGCGCCUCGUGGCGGAUCAUAUCCUCCAUCGAACAAAAGGAAGAAACGAAAGGAGCAGAGGACAAACUGAACAUGAUCAGGGCGUACCGCAGCCAGGUGGAGAAGGAGCUCCGCGACAUCUGCUCAGACAUCCUCGGCGUUCUGGACAAACACCUCAUACCCAGCUCACAGACCGGCGAGUCCAAAGUCUUCUAUUACAAAAUGAAGGGCGACUACCACCGGUACCUGGCGGAGUUCGCGACGGGCAACGACCGCAAGGAGGCGGCCGAGAACUCGCUGGUCGCGUACAAGGCCGCCUCCGACAUCGCCAUGACGGAACUGCCCCCCACACACCCCAUACGCCUCGGCCUCGCGCUUAACUUCUCCGUGUUCUAUUACGAAAUCCUGAACAGUCCGGACCGCGCGUGUCGGCUGGCGAAGGCGGCGUUCGACGACGCGAUCGCAGAACUGGACACGUUGUCGGAGGAGAGCUACAAGGACUCCACGCUCAUCAUGCAGCUGCUGCGGGACAACCUCACGCUGUGGACGUCCGACAUGCAGGGCGACGGCGAGUCCGGUGAAACCGAACAAAAGGAGCAGCCCCAAGACGUGGAAGAUCAGGAUGUGUCGUAAUACUUUUUAACAUUCUAUUUAAAUAUAAUAAAAAAAAUAACUAUAGUAUCACGUAAGACCCAGCCCCCAAUGACAACCGGUUGUAUGGUACUCCUCCACACAUCUCGCCCCCCGACGUAAAUUGUCAGUUCCAGCCCCGUUGUACACAUAACAUGCAUAUUGUAUACAUGAUAACGUUUCGUUUAUGUAUCGUGUCAAAUUAUCUACGAGUUAUAUACAUUAAUAUGUACUUCUUUUGA